AUGGCUUGUGAUACCAAUCCCAAACUCGCGGUUUUGAUUGACGCCAAAAAUGCGCAAUACUCUGUCAUUGGAAUGAUUCUCACAGAGAUCGCAAAAUAUGGCACAGCUCAUGUAAAGCGGGCCUAUGGAGACUGGACCGAUCAGAGGAUGGAAACCUGGAAGAAGGAGCUACAUAAUCAGUCUAUCGAGCCCAUCCAGCAGUUUGCGUACACAUAUGGCAAAAAUUCAAGCGAUUCUGCAUUGAUUAUCAACGCGAUGGACCUUUUGUACUCGAGCCACCUCGAUGGAUUCUGUCUUGUCUCUAGCGACAGUGACUUUACUCCAUUAGUCACUCGAUUACGUAAUUCUGGACUGAAGGUGUAUGGAUUUGGGGAGCACAAGACGCCCGAAGCUUUUGUCAAUGCGUGCGAUAAAUUCGUCUUUACGGAAGACUUUGUGUACCCUUCGAGGCUUGCGCACCAUUCACGUAGGGCUGAAACUCCCGAGAGCCCUAAAUCAGUCCAAAAAGUCCAAAAAGAUGAUCGCCCAGAUAUUCACCAGCGGAAGACAGCAGAUAGUUCUCUCGAUAACCGUGGAUGGGCGAAGCUGUCUGAUGUGAGGGAGCAUCUCACAACACAACACCCGGACUUCAACAUUUCCACACAUGGUUACUCGAAGCUCAGCAGGCUAUUAUCAGAUUUGCCUGAUUUCGAUAUCGAACCUCGUUCCUCUCAAGCAGACAAACCCCCAGAACUUUUUGUACGAAAGCGGGGAAUCUCUACUGGAUCUGCGCAAGUGUGA